AUGGCUGACAUUGAGAUGGCCACACUUCGUCCACACUACGACGAAGAUAGUGAUAAUGAUGGUGUUUGGACGGCAGCGGCCAUUGACAGCAUCAUCGGCAGCAACACUGGCAUCAGUAAAGAGGCGAAGAAUCAGGCAUGGAGCGAGACGGCGGCCAAGGCGAUCAGCGGCCAGCUGAAGACAAUCGAGUCAGAGGGCACGUGGAAGAGGGAGCGCAUCAUCACCGGCAGACAGGGGGCACACAUUCGCACGGCGGAAGCAGGUGACAGACCGGUGAUCAACUUCUGCGCAAACAACUACCUCGGACUUUCGUCUCAUCCUGAGGUGAUCGAAGCGGGCAUCAACGCACUGCGCUCACGCGGCGCAGGCCUCAGCUCGGUGCGUUUCAUCUGCGGCACCCAGGACAUCCAUAAGGAGCUGGAGGAGAAGAUUGCCCGCUUCCACGGCCGCGAGGACGCCAUCCUCUACGCCAGCUGCUUCGACGCCAAUGCGGGCCUCUUCGAGGUGCUGCUGGGCCCCGAGGACGCCGUCAUCUCCGACCAGCUGAAUCACGCCAGCAUCAUCGACGGCAUCCGCCUCUGCAAAGCGCAAAAGUUCCGCUAUGAGCACCGGAACAUGGCUCAGCUGGAGGCUUUUCUACAGCAGACGCAGCCGCCCACUGCGCGGACGCGCCUCAUCGUCACCGACGGCGUCUUCAGCAUGGACGGCAACGUCGCCCCGCUGCCGGACAUUGUCGAGCUGGCCCGGCGCUACGACGCCAUCGUCUUCAUCGAUGAGUGUCACGCCACCGGUUUCUUCGGUGCCACCGGUCGCGGCACUGAGGAGUUCUACCGCCUGCCCACCGGCACCAUCGAGGUGAUCAACUCGACGCUGGGUAAGGCGUUGGGCGGAGCAGCGGGCGGCUACACCACCGGCCCAAAGGAGCUGAUUGAGCUGCUGCGGCAAAAGUCUCGGCCGUACCUCUUCUCGAACUCGCUGCCGCCGCCGGUGGUGGCCACUGCCAGUAAGGUGUUUGACCUGCUGAUGGCGGACAGUUCACUGGUAGAGAGGGUGACGGAAAAUACGAAGCACUUUCGCGGCUCAAUGAAGGAGGCGGGAUUCAACAUUCUGGGUGAUGAACAUCCGAUUUGUCCGGUGUACGUCGGUGAUGCACGACUUGCCACAGCUAUGGCCGACGCCAUUUUCGAAAAAUACGGAAUCUACGUUGUUGGAUUCAGCUUCCCGGUUGUUCCCAAAGGCAAAGCCCGCAUUCGAGUGCAAAUCAGUGCGGCUCACUCAAAGGAUGAUGUGCAGAAGACGAUCGACGCCUUUGUGGCAGUUGGCCGACAGUUGAAUGUUAUCAAGUGA